CAUGGACCUUUUUGGGUGUCGUUAAAGGAGAGGAGAGAAAAAAAUAAAACAAAACAGUCUGUGGCAGCGGUGAAGACGAACGAAUGAGCACGCCUCUACUCGAAAUUAAACCCCAUCGUCAAUAACAAGACAAUCUUUUGCCCAACCAUAGUCUACUGAGGUAGGUUACUUACUCAGUUAAGCUGCACAACUUCUUCGGUUUUGUUUCUCACACCACUCACUCGGUUCAGCUUUGUUUCCUGCGGGGGAUUCGCAAAAAGAAACGUUUCCGUCUCUGGCCCUGCAUUGCAUUCUGACGUGGCGCCUGGUCAGCAGCCGGCGCCCUCGUUGCCUACCCAACAUACGGUAACAAUAGUCUUUGUUUCGACCCGGCGAUAACACAGCUCCCUCGACGCCUCGUGGAGUUCCAAGAGGCGGUCCUGCAACGAUCGGCCAGUCAUUUGCGCAACAAGAGCCCGUAUUUCCAGAAACAUUCAAGCAAAUCAGUCGCUACAAACGAAACAUUACGGUCGCUAGCUAGCUACCACCAAAUCACAAGAGUCAUUCAGGGGAGGUACUUUUCUCGAAGACGCAGUACAGCAUUGAACAACGAACAAAACAACCAACUAUAUUAGCUACUGUAUACAUCGACACAGCUUCAGUCAUGUCAGCAGCAGCGGCCGCUAGGAAGCCUCCGGGCACCGGCCGCGAUGCGGCAGGCUCGCCCACACCGGCGUCCCCUGCGCGCGCCCCCGCUCGCACGUCUACACCAUCCUCUCCUGGGGCGGCUGGUGGUGUCGCGCGGACUCGAUCCUUGCGCAGUGGAACGCCGGUCACGUCGCGCACCGCUCGCGCAUCUCCUCUUGGUAACGGAACCAACGGGAGGAGUUCACCUGGCCCGGGCGGAAACCCCGCUGAAGAUGAGGCCGCUCGCGCUGAGACACUCAGCCUGAUUGACGAUCUGAAAGAGAGGCUGAGCAAGGCCGAGACUUCUGCCGAAACGACGCAAAGGCAGGCCGAGGUCCUACAGAGCAAGUUGGAUGAGGCGAUGGUCGAGCAAGCACGCCUAGAAGAGAGGCUUCACGAGCAAGAAGAACAGAUUGAGGCCUUGAGUAACGAAAAGCGCGAGUCCACAAGACGUAUCCAUGAAAUGGAGAGUAUCUACGAAGCUGAAAGAAGCGCAAUGGCCAAGGAGAAGGAAGAGAUGAGCAAUCGUGAAGAGGAGAUGCAGACUGUCAUCCAGAGGUUAAAGGACAGUCUGGCUCAGAGGAAUGUCAAUGGGACUGAAGAUGAAUCAAGGCCGUCAAGACAAGCAACACAUUCGCCUGGCGUCGAUGGCAGCUUCGCUCCGCCAAGCUCUCUCCAACGCAGCGAUUCUCGUAACAGCUCAAAGCUUGUGUUGCAGAAGGACAAGCUCAUCGAGUCGCUACGCCUUGAGCUCGCAGAGGCUCAGAUCAAACUUGUCGAAUCGGAGAACCAAGGAGGUGGGCGACUUCAGGAGGUUGAACGUCUGCUUAUGGAGACGCGCAUGGCCAACGCUCGUCUUCUGGAGGACAACGAGAGCUACCAGCUGUUACUGCAGGAGAGGACACUUAAGGGAGACUUCGGUCGCAGUAUCGGCGGUGGUGGCGCCUCGGAUGCUCUCGCUGCGCUUGAAGGACGCACAGGCUCAAGUCAUGAGAACACGGGCGGCUCAAGCCUGGCAGACGAGCUGUCCGAGGCCAGCAACAGCGAGGAGGCCUAUCGUCGCCUGGAGGUUGAGCUUCGCUCGGCCAGGGAUGAGAACAAGGCUCUCACGCUGUAUAUCAACAAGAUUAUCGAGCGGCUGCUCCAGCGUGCCGACUUUGAGUCCAUACUCAACCAAGAUGGAGACACCCCCGAUUUCAAACAGCCAAAUACCAACAAGGACCUCCCAGCGCCGCCAGCAUCGGGACCAACGCUUCUGCAGCGUGCCAAGUCUAUCGCGAUGGGCAAGCCGGGAGAGGCCCCUGCACCUGGCAAACCUAGACCGCGUCCCAUGUCUUUUAUGCCAAGCAACACUCAGCCUUCGUCGGCUCAUGCGAACCCGGAAACGGCGCCUUCGAUUCCAAUCGGGCUGACCCGGAAUACAUCUGUGCGCCGCGGUGGUAGGCCCAUGUCGGAGCAGUUUACCUCUGGAGCUGCCAACGUUGUAAACCAGAUGUAUCGCGGCGGUGAAGGCGGUCCUCUCUCGCCCACAUUACGCGGAAGUCAGACGUUCUUCCACCCCGGUACUCCAUCCGCAGGCACGCGCACGCCGUCUGGGAGCCGCGCGAGCGUGCCCCUGUCAUCUUCGGGUAACUUCCCCGGUAUGCGAAGCGAAACGUCAUCCACCAGCGGUGAAAGCAUCCAUCAGCCUGCAGACGCCAUGUCAAUUACGAGCAACAGCCCACCGCGCUCCGGUGGAGGUGCGGGCGCGACGUUUGGCGGCAACAAGCCCCGGCCACUUAGGCUAGUGCAAGAAAAUCCGGAUAUCAGUGCCAGCCAGCAAAACAAGCGAGCGAGCUGGAUCGGAUGGGCAUUUGGCAAGAAGGAAGAGAAUUCACUGUCUCUGGCUGGGGAGACGGUCAAGGAAUGAAGUGGCAGGGCCACUGCGCACACGAUACGACCACGAGGAACACACGACUUACCAUGAUGGGACAACAUAUAUGGGAACAUUGGAGAAUCUGACAUGAAAUACCCCUUCAGCAUCAACGACAGGAUAGCGUACCCCUGAGUCUUACUUCCUUUCAGUCAUGCAUAUGCUCACUUUGUCUUUUGGCGUCUAGCUCCAGGGGUCGGGCUCUAUCCUUUCUUUGUAUACAUGUGAGGAUGAAUAAUGUAGGGGACACGGAGUGAUGACCAUCGCGGGAGAAUCGGUUGGAUAGCACGGGAUGAUAUGGGGAACAAUGACAGAUAUUUGUUGGAGUUUUUGGCAGCGGGAAAGUGGGAGCGGGUGUCCCAUUUUUGUUUAUCACUUCUUGUACUGUGUUUCUGUGACAAGAAACACUACUGUCUUGGUGCUCACAGUGAGCAAGAGGGAACAUUCUACAGCCGAGUGGGUUGGGCGAGGUUUGCGCUUCUGUUUUAGGAUUGCUUUUUUCCGCUUACCUAUUUUCCACGAUGCCCAACAGCACCAACCAACCUCUACAAGUAUAUAAUAUUCUUUUCUGUUUCAAAUAGAUCACACGUAUAGAACAAGAUCGUCCGGCAAUAGUUUCUUAAUUCCCAUAUGCUUAACAAAGUAUCCUCUCUGUCUUGUUCUGUAU